CUUCUCACUCUCUCUCCCACCCAACCAAUCAUACAGAUCAAUCAUACUCAUAAUAUCCACCCAAUUAACUUAAUUAAUUUCAAUUCCCUCUCUAAAACCCUCUUUUCAUUCUUGAUUAUUUGUUCAUUCAGUUCUCAAUUCCUUCAAUUCAUUCUUAAUCUUAAUUUGAAAGACAUGGCUUGCUUGGUGUCUCGCUCAGGAAGGGAGUUCCAAAGAUACAACAACAUGGGUGGCCGCCAAGUUGUUGGGUGCAUACCUUAUAGAUAUAAAGAAGAUAAAGAUGGUAAUACAAGCGACGAAUUGGAAGUACUAGUGGUUAGUUCACAGAAAGGUCAAGGAUUGAUGUUCCCUAAGGGUGGAUGGGAACUUGAUGAAUCUGUGGAAGAAGCAGCAUGCAGGGAGUCUCUUGAAGAAGCAGGAGUAUUGGGAAUCAUUGAGCGUGAAUUGGGGCAAUGGAAUUUCAUAAGCAAAAGAUAUGGCAUAUACUAUGAAGGACACAUGUUCCCCAUGUUGGUCAAGGAACAACUUGAUAUGUGGCCCGAGAAAAAUCAUAGGAAAAGAAUAUGGAUGACUGUUGCUGAAGCUAGAGAAGUUUGUCAGCAUUGGUGGAUGAAGGAAGCAUUAGAUAUAUUGGUUCAAAGAAUCAUGUCUUCACAACUACGAAAAAACGAUAUAGCAAUGGCUAAUUCUUAGUUUUUAAACAAUUUAAUCUAGGGUGGCUGGAAUGUCAAUAUUCUUUUAUCUUUGUUAGUUGAGAUUUGUUAAUUGAUUUAGGGUGAGGAACAUAAUUGUAGAGAAAGAUGGAGUUGCAAAUUUUAUGCAACUUAAAUUUUACACACUUAUAGAACAUACGGCUAGACUUCUAAUAAGUGAAAUAAUUUUGUUUCAAAUGAGAUAUACGUACAAUAAUUCAUUCAACAAUUUUAUACAAUAUCAUUAUUUGUAUUUAUCUCUUUUUAGCACAUCAUUCAUUUAAGUACUGAAUUUAGUAGUAGUAGUUUAAGUGUAAUUCUCAUGAAUUCAGUUUUAUCAUUUUAAAUCAUUUUUUUUAUCAUAUCAACGUCACGUUAUUUGUAAUCAAAAGUGUAAUUUCGUC